AUGCCUAUGAGGGAGAAACUGAGAGAAGAGAAUGAAAGCUGUGAAAAAGUGACCUUUGGGAAAGUAAAGAACCAAAAGGUAUUUAGGAGAAACUUCAAUCCAAACUCAAAAUGUAGUCCAUAUAGAGUUCUUACAGAACAGAAACUCCAUGAAUGUGCCAUAUGUGGCAAAAACUUCAUUUGGCAUCCUGACCUAAUUCUCCAUGAGCAAAUUCAUCCUCAUGAGAAACCCUAUGUGUGUAAUGUGUGUGGGAAAGCGUUUAAGACCCCAAAUCAGCUUUCUAUGCACCAGAUAAUCCACACAGGGAAGAAACCCUUUGAUUGUAGCCAAUGUGGGAAGGCCUUUAAUAGUAGAUCAUCUCUUUGCCGACAUAAAAAAACCCACAGUGGGGAGAAGCCUUACCAGUGUAGUGACUGUGGGAAGGCCUUCAAGACCAGAAACCGUCUCAGGAUGCAUCAGAUGAUCCACACUGGGGAGAAGCCUUAUGAAUGCAAUAUCUGUGGGAAGGCCUUUCAGUUUAAGCAUUCCCUUAUCGUCCAUGGCAGAAGUCACACUGGGGAGAAACCCUAUGCAUGCGAAGAGUGUGGGAAGGCUUUCAGCGGGAGUUCAGACCUCAUCAAACACACAAGAAUCCACACUGGGGAGCGACCUUAUGAGUGCAGUGAGUGUGGGAGGGCCUUCAGCAGGAGCUCAGACCUAAGCAAACACAAAAGAAUCCACAUUCAGGGGAAACACUAUGGGUGCCCUCAGUGUGGGAAAGCCUUCAGCAGCAAGCCAGAGCUGACCAAACAUAGAAGAAUCCACACUGAAGAGAAGCCUUACAAGUGUAAGGAGUGUGGAAAAGCCUUUCGUCACAACUGUAAAUGCAGGGCUCAUGAACGAGAACACACUGGGGAGAAGCCCUAUGGAUGUGGGGAUUGUGGGAAAACUUUCCAGGAUCGACACUGCCUUACCAUCCAUCAAAGAAUCCACACUGGAGAGAAACCUUAUAAAUGUGCUGAGUGUGGUAGGGCUUUCAGUGGGAAAUCAAACUUGACCAAUCAUCAAAGAAUCCACACUGGAGAGAAACCUUACAAAUGUGAGGUGUGUGGAAAGGCCUUUCAUCAUAGUUCAGUCCUGAGACAGCACAAAAGAAUCCACACUGGCGAGAAGCCAUAUACCUGCAGUGAGUGUGGCAUAUCUUUCCGUCAGCGCUCUGCUCUGAUUGGACACCAGCGAGUUCACACUGGGGAGAAACCUUAUGAAUGUGAGGAGUGUGGAAAAGUUUUCAGGGUGAGCUCAAAUCUUACUGGACAUAAGAAACGAAAACAUAGAGUGUGGAAAACCCCUAAACUUGAUGAGAGCAGGAAAUCUCUCUUUCCAGCAACGGGUUCUCAGACCUUUUUAUUAGUCAAUAUUUUGAGCUCCAAUACCUGCAAGUAGUGGUUCUGGUGUUUACACUUUCUCAUUUCUCCAUCUACCUCUUAGCCUGUCCCUCUUGUCUCCUGUAUUGUUUCUUCCUGGUUCCCUGACCCCCCUACUUGUGAGAACCACCGUCAGGCCUUUGCCUUUGACCUUCCUAUUCAGUGUUUCUUCGGUGAGCACAUUCAGUUCCAAGGCUUUGUCUAUCAAUAAUAAUACUGUAAUAUCAAAUGCUAGUGCUUGCCACAUAGUCUUUACAAUUUUCACUCAAUCCAUACAACAUCCCUAUGAGAUGAGAAAACUGAGGCAUAAAAAGAUUAAGAAACCUGCUAAGAACCACUUAACUAGUAAAUUCUUGACAAAUGUCUGCUGAAUAUUUAGACUCACCCCGGCAAUUUCCAUAAUCCUGUACCACACCUCUUGGUUGUAAAUCUAUACAUUUUUUUAAUGGAUAAACAUUGAUCAUUUUUGGCAAGUUUUGUUUUAACUUACAACCUGAAUGCUACCUCUCCGUAAAGGAGCAGAGUUGCUGAGAUUCAGUGUAGAGAGGGAGACAGGGCAAGGGCAGACUUUUAAAUUACAGAUAAAUAGUUGUUAGGUAUUUUAGCAGUUUACAAACAGCAAGAACAUGAAGCCUGCCCCACUGUGUUAUAAAUACACUAAAAGUUCUUCAGGGUAUUGAUUUCUUAAAUAUUUGCUGUAUCUAUUUGCAUGACAUAUGAAAUGUUCUUUCAUAUAGGUUAGUAAAUUUACAUCUGUCUUUUCAAAUCUUUCAGUGUCUUCUCACAUCUGUCUUUUCUCUUUCAGAUAUUAUAGUCCUCACUGCAGACAGAAUUAAAUACCUACAUGCAAUAAGGCUGUUAAAAUAGAAAUUGAAAAUUGUAGAAGAGGAGGCAACUGUGUGUCAACCUAAUUAACAUGAUGGCAGUAAUUGAGAGUUAUAUUUAGUUCUAAGUUCCAUGGCUGGUACAGAAAGAGAUGAGCAAUGGAUUACCCAACAUUUGUCAAAGGUGUUUUACAAGCUAAUUUUUUUUUUAAUAAUAAGUUUGAGAAAUGCUCAACUAGGUGGGGUUUAUACUAUGCUAAUGUCCUUUCUGAAUCUUAAAUAAAGGAGCUAUAAGGAGCAUUGCUUUCCAAAAGUAAUGGAUGAAAGAAUCCUGUUUGGAGGAGCACCUUCAUGGGCUCUUGUUUCACAGAAAAUAUUUUGGGAAAUGGUUACACAUUAUCUAAUAUGGAGAAGGAGUCCAAGAUAUACAAUUUUCUAGUAACAUAGUCCAAAGAGAAUUACAUGACUUCUUACACAAAAGGCAGAUUCGAUUGUUCCUUAGGUUCAGUUUCUACAGAAAAUUGGAGCAUGUUCUUUCGUAUGGCCAUUUCUUAUAUAGUUUGUUGAAUAAAACCAAGAUGAAAUCUUUUCAGAUAUAACUCCAAAAUUGUUUCUAUGGAGGAUGAAACUGUGGAUAUAUGGUUUUCAGAUGAUAUAACGUGACUUGAGGACAGAGUUUAGGAUGUGUCUAGAGAAUUGGCAGUGCUUUUAUUUUUUGAUUAUGAGAACCCCUUAUUUGAGCAUCGACAGAUUUCACCAACACCAUCUCCCCCAUGCACACACACACACUACAAGUAGUUGUUCUUUAAAGCUGGAUGGCAAAAAGGUUGUCAUGUUCUCCUAGAAAAUCUGAGGUUUUGUUAAUUACAACAGUAUGUAUAUGUUUUUAUAAAAUGUAUAUACAUGUUCAGAAUGUUUAUUUUUACCCACAGGCUAUGAUGUGCAUUUAGAUUUUGGACUCAAAGCCCUUAGCCCAUUUUGAGAACCCUACAAUGCAUCCUUUCAUGUCAGUUCUUCAGUCAGUCUUUAACAGAAUCUGGCAGGUUUUCAGUUCCAAUUUAAAUUGUGAACAGGAGUUCCUGUUGCGGCGCAGUGGUUAAC